UCUCUCGCGGCAUUCAGCCACGUCCUAACUUCAUGGCAGGCGUGUCGUGUUUGAGGCACUGUUAAUGCAGUCACAGCGGUCGUAAUAGUGGAUACGGUGAAGAAUCAACGGUAACAAGAUGCCUCUAAGAUUAGACAUCAAGCGGAAGCUGACGGCCAGAUCGGACAGAGUGAAGAGCGUGGAUCUCCAUCCGACCGAGCCAUGGAUGCUGUGCUCGCUGUAUCAGGGCAACGUGAACAUCUGGAACCACGAGACGCAGACCCUGGUGAAGACGUUCGAGGUGUGCGACCUGCCGGUGCGUACGGCCAAGUUCGUGCCGCGCAAGAACUGGGUCACCACCGGCUCCGACGACAUGCAGAUCCGCGUGUUCAAUUACAACACCCUGGAGCGCGUGCACUCGUUCGAGGCGCACAGCGAUUACGUCAGAUGUAUAGCCGUGCAUCCGACACAGCCGUUCAUACUUACGAGCAGUGAUGACAUGUGGAUAAAAUUGUGGAACUGGGAGAAGUCCUGGAUCUGCCAGCAGGUGUUCGAGGGUCACACGCACUACGUCAUGCAGGUCGUCUUUAAUCCGAAGGACAACAACACCUUUGCCAGCGCCUCCCUGGACAGGACCGUCAAAGUGUGGCAGCUCGGCUCGCCCACGGCCAAUUUUACUCUGGAGGGCCACGAGAAGGGUGUCAACUGCGUGGACUACUAUCACGGCGGCGACAAGCCGUACCUGAUAUCGGGCGCCGACGACAGAUACGUCAAGAUCUGGGAUUAUCAGAACAAGACCUGCGUGCAGACUCUGGAGGGCCACACGCAGAACAUCUCCGCCGUGUGCUUCCAUCCGGAGCUGCCGAUCGUUCUCACGGCCUCGGAGGACGGCACCGUCAGGAUCUGGCACGCGGGAACGUACAGAUUGGAGUCCUCCCUGAAUUACGGCUUCGAGAGAGUGUGGACCAUAGCGUGCAUGCGCGGCUCGAACAACGUCGCCAUCGGGUACGACGAGGGUAGCGUUAUGGUUAAGGUCGGCCGCGAGGAACCGGCCGUCUCGAUGGACUCGCUGGGCGGCAAGAUCGUGUGGGCACGUCACAGCGAGAUCCAGCAGGUGAACCUGAAGGCGUUGGGCGAGGAGGCGCAGGACGGCGAGCGGCUGCCGCUGGCCGUGAAGGACAUGGGCGCCUGCGAGAUAUAUCCGCAGACGUUACAGCACAAUCCGAACGGACGGUUCCUGGUGGUCUGCGGCGACGGGGAGUACAUCAUAUACACGUCGAUGGCGUUGAGGAACAAGGCGUUCGGGCAGGCGUCGGAAUUCGUGUGGGCGGCGGACUCGAGCCAGUACGCGGUGCGGGAGAGCAACACGACGGUGAAGGUCUUCAAGAACUUCAAGGAGAAGAAGAGCUUCAAGCCGGAUUUCGGAGCGGAUGGUAUCUUCGGCGGAUUUUUACUCGGCGUGUCGUCCGGGUCUGGCCUCUCCUUCUUUGACUGGGAUUCGCUAAAGCUGAUCCGUCGCAUAGACAUACAGCCCACGCACGUGUACUGGGCCGAGAACGCGUCGCUGGUGGCGUUAGCCACGUCGGAUCAAUAUUUUAUACUGAAGUAUCACGCGGACGUUGUCGCUAAUGCCACCGAAAACGCCGAGGACAUUGAAAACGCGUUCGAGAUGGUAGCGGAAAUGAGCGAGGUAGUGAAAACUGGCUUGUGGGUCGGCGACUGUUUCAUCUACACCAACAGCGUCAAUCGCGUUAAUUACUUCGUCGGCGGCGAAGUGGUCACUGUCUCCCACCUGGACAGACCGAUGUACUUGCUGGGAUACGUACCGAGGGACAACAGAUUAUACCUUUGCGACAAGGAACUGUCUGUCGUCUCGUACUCGUUGCUGCUGUCAGUGCUGGAGUACCAGACCGCGGUUAUGCGAAAAGAUUUUGAAACUGCCAACAGAGUACUGCCGACAGUCCCGAAGGAGCACCGAACGCGAGUGGCUCACUUCUUGGAAAAGCAGGGUUUCAAAGAGCAAGCUCUCGCGGUGUCGACGGACCCCGAGCACAGAUUCGAGCUGGCACUUGCGUUGGGAAACCUCGCGACCGCGCACACCCUCGCCAAGGAAGCGAACAGCCAGCAGAAGUGGCGGCAACUGGCGUCCCUCGCCACGCAGAAGGGCAAGCUCUGCUUGGCGCAGGAGUGCCUGCAUCAGGCGCAGGAUUUCGGCGGCCUGUUGCUGCUGGCCACCAGCACGGGGAACGCGGAUAUGAUACAGAAGCUCGGCGCGGUGGCGGACGACACGGGGAAGAACAACAUCUCCUUCCUGUCGAACUUCAUCUUGGGCGACGUGGACAAGUGUCUCGACAUCCUCAUCAAGACGGACAGAAUUCCCGAGGCGGCGUUCUUCGCCAGGACGUACGCGCCCAGCAAAAUCUCGUCCAUCAUCAAAUUGUGGAAGGAGAAGCUGUCGGCGGUGAGCGAGAAGGCCGGGCAGAGCUUGGCGGAUCCUGAGCAGUACGAGAAUCUUUUCCCCGGAUACAGAGAAGCCCUGAAGGCGGAGAAGUUCUUGCGGGAGGAAAGCAAGAGAAAGAUUCCAGCGUCUGCAUUUCCCACCGUUACGCCUAAUGUCGAGCGAAAACCGUUGGAGGAUAUGUUGGCCGCCGAGCAAUCGGGCGCGUUCCAGUACAAGGGCAGCGUGAGCGGCACCUCCGAGAGCGAGGAGAAGCCGACCGAAGCGAUGAUCGACAGACUGCAAGAUCUCUCGAUAUCAGGAGUGAAGGACAGCCUCUUCCUAAGUAAAGCGUUCACCGCGGAGCAAGAAGUACCUGAGAAAGUAACGACGAAGCCCACGACGAGUAGUUCCAGGCCUCUCACAGUGGACGACGACGAUCUAGACAUCGAUCUGGAAAUCGACGAUAAUAUCGAUACUACAGGUGUCAAUCUCGAUGAUGAUCUUCUCGAGGAAGAUUAACCGUUGAAACGGAAGACGAAUGGCGUACAUCUAUCGUACUGUCAUUCCCCGUCUGCCGCCAGUCAUUCCCUGCAAGUAAAGAAGAAAACGACGAGAAUCGUUUAGCAUCGAGUAUUAAAAUUAAAACUCAUCCCUGUGCGCAAGUGUGUUUGUAUCGCUGCACGGAUUAACGAAGGUAAAUGCAGCGCGAUAUUCGCCGGUUACCACCGGCGACUAAAAGUUAAAUAUAUUGUUAAUAUAACGGGAAGUAUAAUAUGUGCCCC